AUGGAAGGACUCACCCUGGCUAUAUUUUCUGUGCUUCUGGUGGAUUUCUGCUCUGUGGUUGGAGCGGAGAAUAUCCCUGGGAACCGUGAGGCUUUCUUCCACAGAAGUAGUGGAGGUCACGGGGACCAUGUUCAUCACUCCAUCAGGUUCCCACUCUACAUGAUGCAGCUCUACCGGAUUCUGCUGGAGGGAGACACAUUCAGGGCGCCGCCAUCUGUCAGCGCCGCCCCGACCAAGAGUGAGGACAUCUCCCGUCUUCACGAUUCUGACUCUGUACUCAGUCUGGUAGCCAAAAGUUGUCACCAGAGCGGUGGGAGGUGGUCUGUCACCUUUGAUGCAUCCUCCAUUUCUGCAAGUGACAACAUCAAGCGCUCCGAGCUGCGGAUCCGCCUGCCUACCUUCUCUGCCUCUGAGCAUGUCACUGUGGACUUGUACCACUCCCAGAGUGGCCGCUGCUCCAGCCCGCCAUUCCCAGAGAGCCUCUUCCUGGGAUGCCUGAGGGCGAGAGAGAAAGGUCUGGAGAGUGUCCUGCACCCCACAGCCAACCGGGUCAUGAUGGUGGUCUUCUCCAAGUACCAGACAAAGAAGAGGGCCCCCACCCUCAUCCGCACCGCUGAACAUUCCAAGUACGUCACUCUGGACCGGGAGCGAGCUGGAGCUGGCCCUGCUGUCAGCGUAAAGGGAGGAAAGGGAGCCCGGCGCAGGAAGAGACUCGGGCUUCACCAGAGAGCAGGAGUGGCUGGGGUGCCCUGGCGUGGCCCAAACGGAGGAGAGGGAGGGCCCCUGUGCAAGAAGGUAGACAUGUGGGUGGACUUUGACCAGAUAGGCUGGAGUGAGUGGAUUCUUUACCCCAAGCGCUAUAACGCCUACCGCUGUGAGGGCAGCUGCACUACCCCAGUGGACGAGAACGUCACCCCCACCAACCAUGCUUACAUGCAGAGUCUACUGAAGCUUCACCGCUCAGACCGGGUCCCGUGCCCGUCCUGUGUGCCCACCCGCCUGGCCCCUCUGUCCAUGUUGUAUUACGAAAACAGCGAGGUGCUGAUGCAGCACUUUCAGGGCAUGGUGGUGGACGAGUGCGGCUGCCACUGAUCAGCGUGUCUGCCAACAUGAGCACCCCAUAGGCACUUUCCUUCCCAGAGAACAUCACUCUGUACCAGUUUCUGCUUGACCUUACAGGCCUCACAAAGACA